AUGCCGGCUGUGAAAGGGGACGGAAUGCGUGGAUUAGCUGUCUUUAUAUCGGAUAUACGAAAUUGUAAAAGUAAAGAAGCUGAAAUGAAACGAAUAAAUAAGGAAUUAGCUAAUAUAAGGUCAAAGUUCAAAGGAGAUAAAACCUUAGACGGAUAUCAGAAAAAGAAGUACGUUUGCAAACUGCUCUUUAUAUUCUUGCUCGGAAAUGAUAUCGAUUUUGGUCAUAUGGAAGCUGUUAAUCUCCUCUCGUCUAAUAAGUACACCGAGAAGCAAAUUGGCUAUCUUUUCAUCUCAGUACUUAUCGAACAGAAUUCGGAUCUGAUGAAGCUAAUCGUCCAGGCAAUUCGUAAUGAUCUCACUUCUCGUAAUCCUAUACACGUCAACCUGGCACUUCAGUGUAUUUCGAACAUCGGCAGUCGUGAUAUGGCUGAAGCGUUUUCUAAUGAUCUUCCAAAACUUCUUGUCUCGGGCGACACAAUUGAUUUCGUUAAACAGUCCGCAGCCUUAUGUCUUUUGAAAUUGUUUCGCACUGCUCCAGAUGUUAUCCAACCUGGUGAAUACGCUAGUAGGAUUGUUCAUCUCCUAAAUGACUCACACAUGGGAGUAGUAACAUCAGCAGCCUCACUUAUUGAAUCUCUUUCAAAAAAAUGGCCUGACGAGUAUAAGGGUUGUGUUCCACUUGCGAUUUCUCGACUCAGUAGGAUAGUAACUUCGACCUAUACCGAUCUCCAGGAUUACACUUAUUAUUUCGUCCCUGCUCCAUGGCUGUGUGUUAAACUGUUGCGCCUGCUCCAAAAUUACCCUCCUCCAGAAGACCCAUCGAAUAAGGCUCGCUUAUUGGAAUGCCUAGAAGGUGUUUUGAAUAAAGCUCAGGAUGCUCCAAAAUCCAAAAAGGUUCAACAUUCUAAUGCUAAGAACGCUGUCUUAUUCGAAGCUAUAGCCUUGAUAAUUCAUAUGGAUAGUGAGGCAAACUUAUUAGUCCGAGCAUGCAAUCAGCUAGGCACUUUUCUAGCCCAUAGGGAGACGAAUCUUCGAUAUUUGGCGCUGGAAUCAAUGUGUUUAUUAGCAACAUCAGAAUUUUCACACGAAACCGUUAAAAAACACCAGGAGACGAUCAUCAAUAGCCUCAAAACAGAAAGAGACGUAUCUGUUAGACAACGAGCCGUCGACUUAUUGUACGCCAUGUGCGAUCGAACUAACGCGAAUGAAAUUGUGUCAGAGAUGUUGGCUUACUUAGAGACAGCUGAUUAUUCGAUCAGAGAAGAAAUGGUUUUAAAAGUGGCUAUAUUAGCUGAGAAAUACGCAACAGAUUAUACGUGGUAUGUUGAUGUUAUUUUGAAGUUGAUACGAAUUGCUGGUGAUUACGUGUCCGAAGAAGUUUGGUACAGAGUAAUUCAGAUUGUUGUCAAUCGUGAAGAUGUUCAAGGGUAUGCUGCUAAAACUGUAUUCGAAGCACUCCAGGUUAGUCUGUACGUUCUCACUAAGUAUGUCACGUAG